AUGGCAGCCUGGAUACCCUUAAAUGCCCUGAUCCUCCCUGCAUCAGAUCAGCGUUGGGUUAACGAUCUGACCGACAACAACAUUGAAACCGCAGGAACUCGAGACGCUCAUCGAAAGGGUGUCAUCGAAGAUGACGCUUACGAGACCAUCAUGAGCCUUCUCCCGGCAGAGCGCCCUCUCCACGGCCCCUCCACCCCCGCCCCCGUCAAGCCUGUGCUCUCUCACGCGCGUGCCCUCUAUCGCUACGAGGGCCAAGAUGCACGGGACCUCAGCUUCGAGAAAGACGAUCGCGUUGCUAUCCACGAGUACAUGAAUGCCGACUGGUGGAUGGGCAAAAAUUUGCGAACUGGUCAGGAGGGCAUCUUCCCCACCAACUAUGUCGCUCUCGAAGAAUCUGAGAAGGCCGGCAUGCCUGGUCCCUCGGCGCCCAUGAACCCGUAUAAUGCGCAUGUGCCUCCCAUGGCCGUCGCUGACGGCAACCACGGGGAACACACCGACCCCGGCCCGAGCAAGCUCGAGCAGGGUGGCAAGAAGUUCGGCAAGAAGCUCGGGAAUGCUGCUAUCUUUGGUGCUGGUGCUACGAUAGGAAGCAACAUUGUCAACAGCAUCUUCUAA